CACACACAAAGCAAACAAACAAACAACCAUAACAACAUACUACUGAAAUCUUUAUCAAUUGAGACUAAACGAAGCUGCUUAUUGUUUCCUUUUUUCUCCUACAAUAAAUAUAUAUAAAUAAUCUAAUCAUUUUAAUUGUUUCAAAACAAAAAGCUUGAACAUAAUUUACUAUGAAAUACACGUUGAUUAGUAUGAUUUCUAUGUUGACAUUCAUUGUUCUGUUUACAAUUCAAUUACAAUCAAUGAAAAUUAAUGCCGAAAGUCCUGAGGAUUUAAAUUUUGAAAAGAGAGCUUAUCAUUUCUUUCGACUGAAAAAAUCAGAACGAUGUCUACGUAUUCCAGAUAGUGUUAAACAAAUGAUUCUUAGAGAACCUUAUAUUGUAUGCCCAGAAGAUCGUGAAUUUCUUGGAUUAUAGAAUAUAUUGAUCUAAUUCAAGAUCCAUUCUAUUUAUGGUAAUCUCAACAACGAAACACAAUGAUAAUGAAACAUUCAAUAAAAUUUAAUUUUUAAAAAAAAAUAAAAAAAAUUCGGAUACAUUCCUCCUUCUUUGUUAUUAUCGUUAUUGUUGUUUUCUUUUCCUAACUUCCUUCAUUCACUAUCUUAAACAAUACUUGAUCAUUUGAUGAAAUCAUCAUGGGAAUAACAGUGAUAAUGUUUAAAGGAUUCAUAUAUUGAAAGAAUAAUGAUAGUAAGUACGUGAUGAAAAUGACGAAUGGUUCUUCCAUUUUUUGUUGUUGCUAGAUUCUUUCUAAAAUAUUCCUUUCAUAAGUACUUCUCUUUUCUUAUUUUCUUUUCUUUUUUGUUGUUGUUGCUGUAAUCCGAAUUUUAAUUUAACUCUAUUUAAAAACAAAUUAUGAAAUCAGU